AGUUAGAGAAAAGUAUGAAAUUGAUAAUAAAAAUUAUGUUUAAUUUCAUUUCAGAGAGGGCGAAUCAUGCAACCAUGUGGCAGCGCUGCUAUAUGCAUUAGUUGACAUUACAGAUAAACGGAAAGAUGGAACAGGAGCAUCAACCUCAAAACCAUGUAAGUGGAAUAGGCCUCGGAAACGAAAACUCAGUCCUCAGAAGUCGCAAAACAUUACUUUCAAAAAAAAUUAAAUAUGAAGAAAAUACUACUGAACGUGAACCCAAACACAAGCAACAACUGAAUACAUGUACAAUGGACCGUGUAAAACCGCUGAAUCUUCAUUCGCAAUGUCUUAAAUUAAAGAGCUGUGCCCCGAAUGCAGCAUUGCUUCUAAGUAUGGAGACUGGAAAAGAAAUUGUGCAACAAGCAGAGGAUUUAAAACUCCCAAAUUUGCAUACAGUUCCAUAUAUGUAUCGUGACAGUGUAAGCAUAGAGAACCCAGUCUGUAAAGAAGCGUUCCGAAACCAUAUGUCAUCAUUACAUAUAACAAGCGAGGACUGUGUACGAAUAGAAAAAAUGACAAAAGGUCAAAGCAAGAACGACACAUGGAUGGAAGCUAGGAUGGGGCGCAUUGCAAGAUUUAUGUUUGGGACUGUAUGCAAGAAGAGAGUGGAUACAAAACCUGACAUUAUCAUAAAGAACAUCAUGGACUAUUCUUCAUUUGAUACUGAAGCUACAAGGUGGGGGAGAAACCAUGAAGCAGCAGCACGUCGAAUUUACCAGAAUAUCAUUCAUACAUCACAUCCUGGAUUGAAGGUUUUUGGAUCUGGACUUGUUAUUAAUGUAGAUCACCCACAUUUAGGGACAAGUCCUGAUGGUGUUGUGGACUGUUGUGAGAAAUGCCAGGACAGGUGUGGUGUUUUGGAAAUUAAAUGUCCAUACAAACAUAGGAAUGCUUCUGUAAGUUCUGUUUAUGAGGCCUGUCAAGACAAAUCCUUUUGUUGUUCUGUGCUCAAAGGAAAGAUUUCAUUAAAAAAGACACAUUCUUUUUAUUACCAAAUCCAAGGUCAGAUGGCAUUGACUGGACGACAUUGGUGUGACUUCUUUGUUUGGACAUUGAAAGGACAUUAUGUUGAUGCUAGUUUCUGGAAAGAAAUGUCAUCAAAGUUGAAUUUGUUUUACGAACACUAUGUUGUUCCAGAAUUCUUUACGGAGCGUAUUAAACGCGGAAAGGAACUUGUGUGA